GCUAUUUUAGCCAGAAAGUAUAUAAAAUCACAUAUCAAACGUUUUUCACACCCAUUGGCGCAUUUUUCUUCAAUAACCCGCCUUUUUUUCUACAUGACUUUGGAGACUUACUAUCAAAUUUCUGACUUUGGAGAUUUACUAUAACAUUUUAGAAAUAUGAAUGAAUGUACUUUGAAGACAUCAACGUCCGCAAAAUUGCCCGCCUUCUACGCUAUGGCUUCUCAUUGGUCGACUCAACUGUUACCACAGUGAUACUGUAGCAACCAGUGACUGUAUGGUGGCAACCAAGUCAUUACUCCACCCACCUCGCCAUUCAACGCGCUGAUUGGUCGAGAUACGUUCUGUCCAAUGUUUGUAAAUGUUGGUUGGGUAAACGGUAGCGUAGUUCUCAGCGCGCAAAUUAAAGGUCCUGGAGCCUUCAAAGUUAUUCAACAUUUACCUGCUGUGAUUUAUUUCAAAAGUAUCUCGGAAAAGGGACAGAAAAGAAGAGCCAGUAACGGUCGGGAUCUUUUCAAAACAGACAAGGGAGAAAAUAUAGAAAUCCGUCCACAAUGGUCCUGAGUCAGAGUGAUGCGGCCAAGAGCCUGACCGCUGCCGCAGCCAAGGGAAAUACGGACGAGGUCAGGAGGAUGCUAGGGCCGGAAUGCAGAGUGCACCCCGACACUGUCAAUCAAUUUGGCAAGACCGCUCUACAGGUGAUGAUGAUGGGCAACUCCAACGUGGCCAGCUUACUGUUGGAGCACGGAGCCGACCCAAACAUCACAGACCGGCGAGGAGUCUCACCGGCACAUGAUGCGGCACGCACUGGCUUCGUGGACACACUCCGGGCUCUGGUGGAGUUCGGCGCGUCAGUCAACAGGCCAGACCACACCGGCACCCUACCCAUCCACAUCGCUGUCCGAGAGGGCUACCGGGACGUCAUUGAGUUCCUUGCACCACUCUCCAACCUGAAACACCCCAACGCCAGUGGAGAGACAGCGGUGGACCUCGCCCGAGCCUCAUCGUCAUGUACACCGGAUGUGGUGGAGCUUCUAGAGAGACAGCUGGAGUCUAAAGUGUUCUCUCACUCCCCACCUCUCCCUCUUUAGGAGUUAGAUGGACUCUACCACCAACCCCCCUCUCUAUGCCAAAUUGGAUGGUGCAUAGACUCCCCUUCUACACCUACCUUACCUACACUCUCCUCUCAACCUGGUGACUUGAAUUCAUUGAUGUAAACUUUACUUUGUAAAGUAUGAUUUUUAGUAACUGGUCGAGGUUGACUUGUGUUUACCGUCCUGUUUUGGCAGCUUAUGGAAGAAUAAGUAUGAUGGACAUUAUUUGGACACCAUUUUUGCACAGAGCAAAGCACCUUUUUGAUGGUAAAUUUGACCCCCCCCCCCCCCC